UCGAAACCAAGGGUCGGGACGUGAUUAAAAUCCCCACAAGGCGUCUUCUUUUCCCUUCGCCACGUGAACGGCUGUGAGUGGGUUGUCAUUAAAGAAAGCCACAGGCUGUUAUUUUUACAGUAAAGAAUAUUAGUUAUUUAUUUCGUGAAAGUCGUAUUGCUCUCUCUCUCUAUCUUCACCGCUUCUCCUCCAAAUCUCUUCGCCGAUCUCUCUGCAUCUCCGAUCAAAACCAUGAGCAAAGGUCCAGGUCUAUUCGCAGAUAUCGGCAAGAAAGCCAAAGAUCUGUUGACGAGAGACUACAACACCGAUCAGAAAUUCAGCAUCUCCACAUACAGUGCCUCCGGCGUGGCCCUUACGUCGACUGCUCUGAAGAAAGGAGGAGUGCAUGCUGCUGAUGUUACCUCCCAAUACAAGUACAAGAAUGCUGUCUUCGAUGUCAAAAUCGACACUGAUUCUACUAUUUUGACGACAGUCACAUUCACCGAGAUUCUCCCAUCGACCAAAGCCAUUGCCUCCUUCAAAGUCCCUGACAACAGCUCUGGCAAGCUCGAGAUUCAAUACUUCCACGACCACGCAACUGUUACCGCUGCUGCAGCUUUGAAGCAAAACCCAUUGAUCGACAUAACAGCUACUCUAGGCACACCAGUCAUCUCAUUUGGCGCUGAAGCUGGAUACGACACGUCCUCCAAGACUUUCACCAAGUACAACGCUGGAAUCAGUGUGACCAAACCAGAUGCAUGCGCUUCCAUUAUAUUGGGAGACAAAGGAGACUCAAUCAAAGCGUCUUACCUUCACCACCUUGACGAAUCCAAGAGAAGCGCAGCAGUUGGUGAGGUUUACAGGAAGUUCUCGACCAAUGAAAACACGAUAACGGUUGGUGGGUUAUAUGCGAUUGAUCAUACGACUACAGUGAAAGCUAAGCUCAACAACAAUGGCAAACUCGGUGCUUUGCUUCAGCACGAGGUUGUGCCUAAAUCCUUAGUGACUGUUUCCAGUGAGAUCGACACUAAGGCGUUAGACAAGCAUCCAAGGUUCGGUCUUUCUCUUGUUCUCAAGCCUUGAAGAAGUCUCCGAACCUUUUGUCGUAUUCUCUCAUUUGUUCAAUUCUACGGCAGAGGACCCCCGAGAGUUUUCGUUUUACUAUCUUGGAAUAAAUAGUUCCGCAGUGAAAAUUGACGGAUAAUUCUUUUUUUUUUCUUGGAUAUGUUUGGUUUUGUUAUUUUUCACUAAGCAAUUCUUGGUACAUUUCUUUUUUUACCGAAGCAAAUGUCAUUAUCUCAUCAUCCUCACAUAUCAAAUUUGAAAUCAAUUUUUUCUUUAAA